AUGCACAUCAAACACGCUCUUGUCAGCCUCGUGGCCGCGACUUUGACCAUGGCCGAUGCCAACGCCAUCCAGGCUCGGGCCUCGGCCAGCAGCGCCCAACUGCCCACUUCGCUCCAGCAGCCUAGCCCGACCCCAUCCCAGUCGGCGACCGCCACCGCAGGCUGCAAAUGCGAUUCUGGCUGGCCCCAGGGCCAGUACUGCGGCUGGUGCGGCCCCGUCCAGAACGGCGUGAGCGGCGAUGUCUACGAGUGCGGCCCGAACGGCGAAGAAACUCAAUCAACUCCGCUUCACGGCCUUCCUGUCAAGCUGCCGCCUCUCCUCAACAUAGUGCAAGAAGUUGAGCGCAUAGUUCAGCUCGCCGUACCUCUGGGCGUUCCCGAGGUCGCCGUCGUCAAAGUAGAUGUUCUUGAGGAUGUCGUAGAACUCGGCCAUGAGCGGCCGGAGCCCUUCCCUCUCCGUGACGUCCAGCAGCUCGUGCGCGAGCUCGACGGCCGCGAGCGUCUGGCCCGUCUCGCUCGCGUCCAGGAGCCGCCGCUGCAGCCGCCGGAUCGAGUUCCGGUUGUCCUCGUGCGCCGUGAUCUCGUGCGUGUUGCCCCGGCACAGGGAGCACGUGCACCGGAAGCCCCAGUUGUCGAGGAGCUGCUUGCGUCGUCCGUCGUGGGACGUGGUCAGCUGAUGGUGAUUUCUUCGCCCGGCUGGAUGUCGCGGUAG